GGGGGACGCGGGAGGGAAGCCCUCCCGAGCAGUGACAAUUUCAGCCUGAUGUUCAGGGGCUAGAUGCCUGUACCCCCAAGCCAGAGGGCUUGGAUUGGGGGGCUCGGAAGUCCCGCCAGUGAGGUCCGAGGCGGGCACGUGGGAGGCCCCGGCUCGGGGCUCUGUGGGACCGGUAGGAGGCUGGAUACAGAGGCAGGGGGAUAAUCCAGCCCCGCCGGCGGGCCGCGUCCUUCCCACUUCGCCGCCCCAGCGCGAGAGCUGCGGCCGGGCUCGGCCGUGCCCCCUCCCACGCCCGCCUCCUUCCACGUCUGGCUGCGCCGCGGCCGCUCCCCGGGGCACGGGCUAUAAGAGGCUCCGGCUGGGGCUGGCGGCAGAUGCUGGAGGCAGGAGGCGGCGGGGAGAGGCGAGAACCUGCGGCCAUGAAGUCCCCGCAAACCAAGAGCGCGGCCGGCAAAGGCUCCGGUGACGGUCUCCCUCGUCCUCUUCCGUCCCGGCCGGGGCCGGCCCCGGGCCCUGCCGCCCUGCGGGCGGACGCCGGGGAGCUGGCGGAGGUGCUGGGUGAGUUCGAUGCCGUGAUAGAAGACUUCUCCUCGCCCGUCAGCAAGCGCCACUUCCAGUACGAAGAGCACCUGGCGCGGAUGAAACGGCGGAGCAGCGCCAGCGUCAGCGACAGCAGCGGCAUGAGCGACUCCGAGAGUGCAGAUUCACUCUACAGAAACAGUUUUAGCUUCAGUGAUGAAAAACUUAACUCUCCAACAAUGUCAAUUCCAACUCCAACUUUACCAUCUCCAGCAGUAACUCCUUGUAAAGCAAAGCUUGGAGACACAAAAGAACUAGAAGACUUUAUUGCUGAUCUUGACAGGACAUUAGCAAGUAUGUGAAGCAAAGGGAUUUUUGGCAUCAUCCCUGUCUACAGAUAAUUCCUUGAAAGAUGCAAUGAAGACCUAAUGAUAUGGAUCACUGAAAGCCGCUGCCAUGUCUGACAACUGUCAACUUUGCUAUCCAGCAUAUUCAUCUUCUGAACAUAACAAUAGUCACCUUCUCUAAGCAUUUAACUGAUGACAUCAGUUUUGUUACUUUGCAGCAGGCAGGAUCAGAUAACUUAAAUGUGCUGAUACUAUAUUUUUUUCUUAAAAAUAUAGCUUAAAUUCUAAUUUAAAAUUGCUUUUAUGAAAAUAUAUUUGUAAUUUUAUAUAGUUGGAAACUUUAAUGCUUUUAAUAUAUUUUUGUAUACAAAUAAAACCUGAACUGAAAUCUAGCUGUCUAAAAUCGCUUUGUGGGUUUAAGAAGAUUAAUUUAUUAAGUUUCAAACUCAUCUCAGUUCCCGAGAACAUGCAUCAGAUUUUAAAAUGUCUGAUAACUUAUUUCAUGAUAGGCAAAAUAACAAAAUGCAGGCUUUAUGCAAAACUUUACAUUUUUCUCAAUUAAAGGGCCAACGUUGGUUAAAUGUGAGUAUUACAUAUUAAAUGCCUAGGGAAUAGAAUCAAUUGAGCCAAAUGCUGAUCUCACACGAGGAUAAGUCUGGUAUAUUUCUACGGACUUCAAUACCCCUUUUUGUGUGUGUGUGUGUGUGUGUGUGUGUGUGUGUGUGUGUGUGUGUGUGUGAAGAGCUUUCAAGCCCUAUCUAAGAGACCCCCUUAAUGAACUUCCAAGCUUUGGUGGUGUCAUUUAAAUGUUAAUGUUAUUGAAUGCACCACUCUAAAUCAAACACUGAUUGGGAGCCAACACACUUAGGCCAAGAUAUUUAAAGGUGCUUAGGCUGAGUGGAGCAAUGCCUAAGUGACAAUCCCAUUGACUUUCAGUAAGAUUUAGGCUCCUACAUACCUAAGUCACUUUUCAAAGUGUGACUUAGCCAUGUAAGUCACUUAUGGUCAGAUCCACACAGGUAUUUAGGUAACUGCCUUUCUGGGUGCUUGUGCCUGCCACUGCCUGUAGGCACCUUGAUUUUUUGCUUGUCAGCAUUCGCAAAGCCCCCUAAGCAUUGAUGCCACCCCACAGCUAGUGAGCCCUUACUGAAGAAGAGGCCCCAAGGAGGAUUCUCAAAGUGGAUGGGGGAAUCAGGGCUGGCAUUAUGACAUAGAAUGCAGGGCAAUUGCCCAGGGCCCCACACCAGAGGGGGCCCCCACAAAACUAAGUUACGAGUGGGGGAGAGGGGCUUGGGCUCAGGCUUCAGCCCCAGACGGUGAGGCUCCAGCUUCGGCAGGGUGGGGACCCACUCCUUAGUUUCUGCCUUGGGCCCCAGUGAGUCCCAAUGCCAGCCCUGGGGGGAAUGCCUAUCUUGUCAGCAGGGACUGAUUCUUAAAGCAUGCUCAGAGCACGCUUAAAGCAUUGAGAGAAAGCUAGAUAGUAGGGCUGUCAAACAAUCAAAAUUUUUUUAUCGUGAUUAAUUGCAGCUUUAAUCACACUGUUAAUAGAACACCAAUUUAAAUUUAUUAUAAAUAUUUUUGGAUAUUUUCUACAUUUCAAAAAUAUUGAUUUCAAUUACAGUGCAGAAUACGAAGGGUACAGUGCUCACUUUAUAUUAUUUUUGAUUACAAAUAUUUGCACUGUAAAAAAGAUAAACAAGUGCAAUCUACAAGUCGAAGCAUGCAGGGGCAUACGAAUGUUUAGCUUAUCUCUCACGUAAAUACCUUGCAAUGUUGGCUACAACUGUGCCAUGAGAAUGCCUGUUCUUACUUCAGGUGACAUUGUAAAUAAGAAGCGUGCAGCAUUAUUUCCUGUAAAUGUAAACAAACUUGUUUUCUUAGCUGUUGGCUGAACAAGAAGUAGGACUGAACGGACUUGUAGGCUCGAAAGUUUGACAUUGUUUUUGAGUGUACUUAUGUGAAAAAAAUUCUACAUUUGUAAGUUGCACUUUCACUUAUAAAGAGAUUGCACUACAGUACUUGUAUGAGGUGAAUUGAAAAAUACUAUUUAUUUUAUCUUUUUACAGUGCAAAUAUUUGUAAUAAAAAUAAUAUAACGUGA